AUGUUAGCGGUGUUACACUUAAGUGCUUGCUCGUAUCUACCAACCGUUUGGGUGUAUUGUUCAGCAAAAGAUCAGAAUUCAGAUGAUGUAAUUGUACCGUCUUGUUUUUUUCAGACAAAACAUUUGGUGGGCCAUAAAAUGUCUGUAUGGGCCGUUGCUGCGAUACCUGGGAACCCGGGUUUUUAUCUUACUGGUUCGGCGGAUCUCACAAUUAAGUACUGGCAAGACAGCCAUCAGCUGAAGACAUUCUCAGGUCACGAAGAUGUUGUAAGAUCGCUUGUGGUGUUAUCGCACGAAAAGUUUCUCUCGGCCGCAAACGAUGCCACGAUUCGAUUAUGGCAUAUUGAUGCGGGUGCUUGCCUUCAGAAGUUCCCUUCAUAUAGUGCCGACUACAUCUACAGGUCCUACCGCUCUUUUGCGACUUUUACUGAAUUUGGGAUCAGUAAUGUGGGAUAA